AUGCGACGAAAAAAACGCGCGCACUCAUUCAGUUGGAGCGACGAACUGCCGCGCGCGGCUGCGAUCCAGGAGGUUGCGAUUGGUCGCGGCCACUCUUGUGAGGUGUGUUAUCCUAAAAUACAUCGCGCGGUACAAGAUAUUGAUGUGGAACGGAGCGGCAACCUCGCUCGGCUUGUGCCGCCGCGGCCGGCGGUACCGCUAUGCGGGGUUGCCGCACCUACGAGCGGCGCCUCGCGGCAACGCCGCGGUCGCUCGCCAAAGUCGCUGUUCCUUGCAUUAGGUUCUGUGAGCGUGUCGGCUGGUGAAGGUGUCGUACGCGACUGGCGUGCGGUUCAUUCAACAGGCGAAAAGGGAGUGGGCGGGGCGCGCGGGGAGCGACGUCAUUGGGCGAGCGGCUGGCGCUCAGCGAUGGCCGCCGUCGCACUCGGCCAAUGA